AUGUCCCCCCAAACCGUCCUCGUCACGGGCGCCAACGGCUUCAUCGGCUCUGCCGUCUGCCGCGCCUUCUCUCUCGCAGGCUGGACCACGUACGGCCUGACACGCAGCGACAAGAGCGCAGCAGAUCUUUCCAGGGAAGAAGUCACCCCGAUCAUCGGAUCUCCAGCCGACCCGUCCAAGUUCCUGUCCAAGCUACCGGCCAUCGACGUGAUCGUGUCCUGUUCCGAAGACAUCAACAACUACGAAGCGCACUUUAAGGACGUCUUGUCGAUGAUCAGACAGAUCUGUGCCCAGCGACUCAAAACAAAAACACAAAGACAGACGGGGUCUGAGAAGCCCAACCAAAAGCCUCUGGUCAUCUUCACCAGCGGAUGUAAAGACUACGGCAUGACGCCGCGCCACGGCGAGCCCGGACUCGCACCACACACGGAAGACAGCCCGCUCAGGCCGCCGCCGGUGCUCGUCAAGCGGUGUGAGUCUGCUCUGCAAAUUCUGACCGCGUACACGGCCGAGUUCGACUGUAUUGUCACCCGGCCCACCACGCUCUAUGGCCGGACGGGCAGUUUCUACUCGUUGCUUUUCCUGGCCGCGGAUCAGGCAAAGACUGCGUCAAACGGUGCCUUGCAGAUCCCCUCGACUCCAGACUCGAUCCUGCAUGGCGCACAUGUUGAUGACGUUGGCGCGGCGUAUGUGGCUAUGGCAACGGCCCCGCGCGAGGUCGUCGCGGGGCAGGCCUACAAUAUCUCGGCGCAUCGGUAUGAGACGUUGGGUGAGAUCAUGACGGUCGUCGAACAGGUCCAUGGCGUCAAAGUCUCCUAUGUCGACUCGCAUCCAGGGACUGAUUUCCAGACUGUUUUGAAGCCGGUGGUUGAUUUCCCUCAGUGGGUGGGCUCGGAUAAGUUGCGGAGGGAUACGGGCUGGACCGACCAGAAGCCCUUGUUUCAUGAAGGCUACCAAGUAUACCGAAAUGCGUACAAUGUCGCCGCCCAGGAAAAUUCGGAGCAAUACUUGAGAGUGAAGAGAAUUGCUAAUGGACCAAUCUUCGGCAGCGGCAGCGCAAAGGCGUGGGGUCGAUGA